AUGAAUUUAUAUUUGCGGAUAAUUUUUAUUGCUUUGCUGGUAGACUUGUUGGACACGAAGCACGCGCCGACAAGCGAUGUGGGCGCUAUUAGAAAAUCGCUAGAGGAGCAUCAAGAUAAGCUGUUAGUAAAUAAAAGUAAAAUUAAAAACACUCCAUUGGUAGUAGGUAACGUAACAAAAACUCAAAUAAAACCAGCAAUCAUAAAGAAACAAGAACACGAUAAGCCUAAGCUAAUUACUCGAGAACAAAUAAGCGACUGGGCCAACGAAAUACGCGAUAGAUUAUUUGAAAUAGAAGAAAAGGUUGUUAGAAGAGAGGUUUUAUGGAAAGGUUUCUCAGAUAUCACAGUAGAGGUAAGAAAUGGAUCAGCAAUUUUGGAAAGAGUAGCUAAUGCUUUAGAAGAUGUCUUUGAAAAACGGGGAAAAGCAGCCGAAGCUAUUAUGCGUCGAGCGGAAGAGCUGUCUAAAAACAUAAUGAAAAACAAAUUUGAAGCACCGCCAAACUAUACGUACGAUAAUAGUGUUGACUUAGACGUUUUGAAAAAAGUGGAGCCUACUGAAAGUGUGUGGGAAUUUUCGUCUAAUUGUAAGAGCAUUAAUAAAAUUAAAUUGCAAAAGAGUACACAUUUUAAUGCAAUGAUUUCAUUAGAGGCAAGCAGUGCUCACGUUGCUGCAGAAGUGUUCACGUGUGAUCCAAAAGUAACACCACACUUAUAUUGGUCCGAAGGACUGCUGUCCACUUUUCGUGAGAAUUAUGCCCAAGAUGCUACGCUUGACUUUCAGUAUUUUUGUAGUGCCCAAGGAUUUUUAAGACAUUAUCCCGCGGCCUUAUGGCAAAGCUUGUAUAACGUUAAUAUUGAAGCGGAUGAUGUAUUUGACUGUCGUCUAAGACCAUGGUACGUAAGUGCCGGUGGAGCGCCUCGCGAUAUCCUCAUUUUAUUAGAUGCUUCAGGUUCUAUGUACAAUUCAUCAAAUAAAGUGACAGCCGAACAUUUCACUGGGACACUUUUAAACGCUUUAACAGAUGACGAUUAUGUAAAUGUGUUACGAUUUAACAGAACAGUUAAAUCCCCAAUAAGUUGCUUUACUGACAAACUAGUUCCUGCCAAUAAUGUGAAUACAGCAGCUAUGAUAGCAGUCCUUAAAAGUCAAAAGAUGAAAAAUGAGUCCAUGAUAGGUGAUGUCCUUGCAUAUUCUGUUCAAUUAUUAAAGAAGCAAAGAAAUCUUGAAAGGCCACCAUCUUGUCAGCAAGCAAUUGUUUUAGUAACCGAUAGUUUGUAUAUAGAUUACACGAAGUUAAUGAAACAAUUAGAUCCCGACGGAAAAAUCAGACUAUUUAUAAUGUGGCUACAUGACCAAUACGGUUUACGAGAUAAUACUCGAGUAUUAGCAAGUGCGUUAAGUUGUGAGCGGGAUGGCUAUUUCGCAGAGCUUAUUACUGAUUCGGAUGUGACAGAGCAAGUUAUGAGGAUACUUCGUGUGAUGGAACGACCAUUAGUGGGUCAAAGAAAACACCGGAUAAAAGUUCAUAGUGACGUAUAUGCUCAUAUGGAAGAUCCAAGGCGUGGGGAAUUCUAUUGGCAACAAAAAGAAAACGUAGAGCAAGAAUAUCGUUAUCGACAAUUGCGUAAAAAUAAAAAUAAAUUUCUAAAAACGGCUAGUAAAGACGUCACUCAUAUGGAAAAACUACAUAAAUAUGGGCAGUAUUAUGAAGAUCAAGAAGUUAAUUAUAGACUAGAAGUAAGCAUUUCUAUUCCAGUUUUCGAAAGUACGAUAGUUGAAAAUAUAACGAUAAAAUUAGACGAAGAAAAACAGCGUAAUUCUACAAGGUCGUAUCCGGUCAAUCGUCUGUUAGGAGUAGCUGGUGUAGACAUACCGCUUGAUCAUUUAAAAUUACUAUUCCCUUAUUACCUAACGGGUUCUGGUGGGACCAUCUUUUUGGUAGAUCACCGAGGUAAUAUUGUACUGCACGAUAACACUAAACCCGUUUUUGACGGUGAUAUUUUAAGACCUGGCUAUCGAACUGUUGAUUUAUUAGAUGUAGAACAGCCAGCCGAAGACCAUUAUGCCAGAGAGUAUCCACAAGAAUGGCUCGAUUUUAGAAACGCAAUAGUUAUUGACGAACCGAAAGGCUCAAAGACGAUGUUUGCUAAAAGUGUCUAUGAAAAAGGAAUUAGAGUAUUUCUAGAGAUGAGAGAUUAUCACUGGAAACGUAUCCUUAAUCAUUACACGCUCGUAGUAUCUCUUCCAAAGUAUAACCAACAACACGCUGUACCCAAUGCAGACUUCACACAAAAGCUAGCGGAAGAUGCGCUCAGUGCUUUAUUAGGAACAGAUUUUGCAGUACAUCCGGAAUGGUUAUAUUGUAGGCACGUCGAUCCUCAUUUCGAUUCUAGAGAGUUAGAAGUUCUUCAUUUUCUUAGACGUAGAAGAGAUGAACCUAACUUUUUGCCAAAGAAAAUCAAACAUUUAUUCUCCCCAAUACCACUGACAUUGCUUGAGAAACCUUAUCAAUGUGAUAUGGAAUUAAUGGGAAGGCUCAGUAAAGAGGCAUCUGCUACCCAACAGUGGGCUCUUGAACACGAAGACCCUGAUACGGAUCGAGACUGUUCUGCAUGUCUUCUCGGAUCCAAUACGGCAUUCUUUGCUACUGAGAAUGGUUUGACUCGUUGGCAAUUAUAUCAUGCAACAAGUGCCCAUGCAGAUCCACCUGAAGGUUCUGUAUGGCCAAUGGGCCCAUCAGAAGCUUGGUAUCGCCGAGCCAGUGCAUACCCUGACACGCUUAUAAUACACGCACCUAUACCAGCCGUUAAAACGCUGAGAAACACUGAACCUGCAAUUCCCCCACUUGAGCAACGUUGGCAAUGGUUGACAGCUGCCAGAACUCUAAGUCACCCAAAGACGCAAGGAAUUAUUGGUGUUGCCGGCUAUCAUUUUUAUCCCAGACAUUUAAAUGACUUACUAGAAUCUAUAACAAAUUAUCACUGUGCUCUUGAAGACGAAUCAAAGUGUGAGGCUCGUUGCGAUGGAAAGAAUUGGGCAUGCGUUUUAAUCGAUGACGCUGGAUGGAUUGUCGCUGACCAAGAUAACGAUGAAACUAUGAAUAAACAUCUUGCCAAUGAAUAUCCCAUUGCAAUGAAAGCUUUACUGAAUGCUAGUAUCUUUAAAGUACGUUGGGUCCACGAUUAUCAAGGCGUUUGUUUUCCUCCAAAAGAUGAAGACCUUAGCGCAGCAGCUCCAACAUUAUCCUCUAUAACUUUAUCGUUAUGGAGAUCAAUUAAAGCAAUAUCAUAUAUAUCGCGUGAAUUAAUGAUUUAUUUAUAUUUCAUUUUAUCUCAUAGAACAGUAAAUGGCGACACAGAAUUUGAAAAGGAGAAACGACGUAAGCGUCUUCGUCGUGACUUCGAGCGUGAAAAGUAUGAGAGACUACACGAUGAUCGUGUAUUACUUAAUCGAACGAGAUUUACUGCCUGUGAUAGAAGCAGGCCAUUAUAUGAGUUUCAGAGAAGUAAAAAAGCUACUGAAGCAUUAAAGCGACCGGCUAAGCCUUGUACAUGGCCUCUGGUCGCAAGUGAAAUACCUCAGACAAAUCUCAUACUAAUCGCUAUUUACAAGCUGUGUCCUUACAAAGGAGUACCUUUGAAUAACUCCUUGGUAAAUGAACUUGUGGAAAUGAAACAUGAUACCACUUUGAGAGGCUCAGCCAGUCGGCUUGCUUGUUGGCGCAAUAAAGUGCCCUUACCGGCUCGACCUCCGCCUACUACAUGCUAUCCUCAUAAUUACUCUUUUGAAGAAGGGUAUAGGCAAUGUGGGCCUUGGUUGCCGGAUCCUGAAGAUGGUGAUUCCGUGCUACAAUAA